AUGGCAUCGAAAAUUCCUAUGUUACAACCAAAAUUAGUUUUUGGAUUACAACCUGAUAUAAAAGGGAAUGUACAGUUUGAAUCAGAUGAAGAAAUUAUAUAUCCAGUGGGAAAUGUUUUGGCAUUUCAUAAUUUCAAUCAUAACAGGCAAAAAAUUAUUAAGUUGGGCGAUCGUACCCAUCAGCCAAUCAGUAUGAUUGUAAUCAGUCCAAAUAAAAAAGUUGUGGCACUCUGUGAAAAAGGUGAUAAACCAAUAAUCACAAUAUACGAUACUGGAACAUUAAAAAAACGUAAGGUAAUUGGUAUACCAGCAGUUGGGCCUGAGAUACCACAAUCAAAAGAAUUUAUUACGGCACAAUUUUCAAUGGAUUCAAAAUAUUUAAUGGCUGUAACAGGUGAACCCGAUUGGAUGUUGUAUUGUUAUAAUUGGGAAAAGGGUAAAACUGAAUGUUUCUGUAAGGCAUUAAAUCCAAAUGGAACUGGUAAUGUUGUUCAACUUGUUUGUAAUCCAACCGACCCAACAACAAUUGGAAUGGUGGGUAAUCAAUUAUUACGUUUGUUAAUGAUCAAUGAAUCCGUAUUUCGUCAAUGGGGUUUCAGUAAAGCUGAUUUAUGGAACUUGACAUGUUGUUGUUGGCUAUCACAAGAAAGAUUUUUAGCUGGUGCCAUAGAUGGGCAAAUUCAUUUUAUUGAAAGUGGUGAAUAUAAGCUGUCGUUUCGUGCUAUUGAUACUGAAAUAUAUAAUUUUAAAGUGAAAGAAAUCGAAGAACAACCAUCAAAAGAAAGUUUACCACCAAAAUCAAGCGGACAUUCAAGCAAGCCAAGUAUUGUAUCCACUACGAACGCACUCGAUUUUUUAAUUGCGUUCAAUAAAGGCUUUUGUUAUGUGUGCCAACGAGGUGUAAUACAUUUAUUUGAAAAAUUAUCACCAUUUAAAUAUGUAAAACGGCAUUUAUACAAAGUACCUGAAAUUACAUUUCGUUCUGGUCCUGAAUAUGAUCAAAUGACAAAAAUCCAAUCGAUUGCAAUUAAUCUAUCGGAAGAUCAAUUACUUGUUACAUGUUUACGUACACAAAUUUAUACAAUUCGAUUAUGGGGUCCAGAAACAAAUACGGAUACCUAUUUAGUACCUAUGGGUGCAUCAUUACAUCACGGUCCAAUCUCACAUGUUGCAAUGUGUGCAUGGAAACCAAUAUUUAUCACAUGUGGUGCUUUGGAUCGUUCGCUACGUGUAUGGAACUAUGAACUAGAAAAUUUAUCAUUUGUUAAAGAAUACAACGAAGAUAUUCAUAGUAUUGCAUUACAUCCCACCGGAUUAUACGCCACUGUUGGAUUCUCGGAUAAAUUACGUUAUAUGCUUGUACGAAUUGAUGAUAUUGAAGCGCAAAAAGAAUUCCCGAUACGAUAUUGUGAUGAGUGUGCGUUCAGUUCAAAUGGGCAUAUGUUUGCGGCAGUCAAUGAAAAUGUUAUACAAAUAUUUUCAACAAUUUCAUUCGAUAAUUUAUAUAAUUUAAAAGGUCACAAUGCGAAGGUUUCCUCACUAUCAUGGUCAUCAUACGAUUUGAAAUUAAGUUCUUGCGGUAUAGGAGGUGCCAUUUAUGAAUGGGAUUUGACUGAACCAGAUCAUGUAAAACGAAGCAGUGAAUAUAUUACAAAAUCAAUUGUUUACAACGAUUGUUCAAUCGGAAUGGAUGGACAUGGAACAUAUGCAGUUGGUGCAGAUGGGAAGCUAAAAUACAUACACAAUUCUGUAUGUGUUCGCGAUAUGCCUAUAUAUGAUGGAGAAUUAACUAGCUUAGCUAAAGCACGAUCCGAAAAAUUAAUGUUCAUUACUGGUGGUCCUGGAAUUAUUUAUUCGUUGGAUUUCCCAAUAAAAGAUUCUGCUGAGACAGUGGACUACAAUGAUUAUAAAAUCCAUAAUGAUACUGUAACCAAGAUUCGUUUAUCAUACGAUGAUAAACGAUUAAUAUCUGUUUCGGUAAAUGGUAUUAUUAUAAUUUGGUCAUUGUUAUUUGUUGAGGGAAAAACAAUAAAAUUAAAUAAAGAAUUUGGCUAUUCGGAUGAAAUAUUGAUUGGGUACAGUGAUCUAGAGGAAAAAAUUAAAUUAAUAAGAGAAUUAACAACACGUAUACAUGAAAUGGAUGCCGAACAUGAGUAUCAAUUACGCACAAUUGAUACGACAAACUCGGAAAAUGUUCGAGAAAUUCAUAAAGAUUAUAAUGCAAAAAUUGAAGAGUUAAAAGAUAAAAUACAAGUAAAAUUAAUGUUUAAUGAAAAAUUAAUAAUUGAAUACGAUAAAUACAGUCGUUUAGAAGAUAAAUUAGCAAGUGUGCGUAAAACAUACAAUAAACAAUUAGAAGAUUUACAAGAGUUAAAAGAACUUGAUGAAAAAAAAUUAAUAGAAAAUUUUACAAUACAAUUAAAAGAUAAAGAUAUACAAAUUGAAGAAAUCAAUGAAGAAAUGAAACAAUUGGUGCGCGAACAUGAAUUAAUAAAACAACAAAUUGAGGACGAUGCAGAUCGUGAAAUAUUAGAAUUAAAAUCCGCCCAUGAAGCUGUACUACGUGAGGAACAAAAAGUCAAUAUAAAAUUGCGGAGUGAUUCAAUGAUUAUACAUAAAAAAUAUAUUGCUGCAAAUAAAGAAAUGGAAGAAUUAAAAAAUACGGUGACAUCGUUACAAGAUGAUCAUACGAAAUUUAAACAAAUUAUUACGCAAUUAGAGAAUGAUAUUGAUGAUUUAAAACGUGAAAUUGUUGAACGUGAUCAAACAAUACAAGAUAAAGAAAAACGCAUACAUGAUUUAAAACGGAAAAAUCAAGAAUUGGAAAAAUUCCGUUUUGUAUUAGAUCAUAAAAUUAAAGAUUUAAAAGGACAAAUUGAACCAAAAGAGGAAUUAAUUGUUGAACAAAAAGAACAAAUUGAUGAUAUGAUAUUGGAAUUACAACAAUUACAGAAAAAAAUCCAUAGUUUAGAUAUACAAAUAAGGGAAUUAAAAGAAAAAUUGCAUGCAGCCGAUAAUCAAAUUAAAAGCGAACAUCAAAAGUUACAACAAUGUAAAUCGGUGCUCCGACGUAUGCAAAUUGAUUUACAUGAUGCCACUGGAUUAAUACAAGACCCAUUAAAACUGAAAGCUGCCCUCAAAGAAAUGUAUCAUCGAUAUAAUCAAGGAAAUGAUUUCCAAGCAUCACAAAUGGAAGAAGCAGAAGCUAAAAAUGAAUUCGCACGUCAACGUUGUUAUUUAGAACGUACUGUUAAAGGAUUAAAAACAGCUAAUGAACGUAGAGAAAAAUAUGGACGAACUGAAGAUAAAAUGCGUGUGGUUGAACAAAGUACACAGCUUAUUAUGGAAGCAAAUAAAUUACGUAAAAAGUAUAAAGAUACGUUACAUAAUAAUGUGAAAAUGGAAUCCAUAUUAGGAUUGAACAGUAGAUUUAUGGGUCCAACAGAAGCACAAGAACGAUUAAACAAUGUUGUUAAAAAUAAAGAAGAAAUUCAUGAACAGUAUAGAAAAAAAAUACAAUUUUUGGAAAGAAGUGUGAAAAAUCUUAAAAGUGAAAAUGCAAAUCUUUUCCAUAAACUACUAAUGCACACAAAAGGUGGCCGUUCUGAUGACCAUAUUGCUUAA